CUCCAACACAACAGGAGCAGCAAACACAAUGGCAUCUCCGCCGCCCACAACCGCUGCCAGACCAUGGCAUCACUACCUGACCCUCGACCUCCUCGUCCACGUCCUGCUCCGCACUUUCCUCCACCCCUUCAUCGCCUGGCUAAUGCCGCUAUGUCUGCGCGCCAUCUCCAUGCCCACCACGCGGCGCGAGUUCCAGCUCUCAUGCGUCUAUGCGACGCUGGUGACGCUCGCAUGGCUACUCAAUGCGAUCAACCAUCGCGUGGCGUAUGGCCGUCCUCGCACGCUCGACUGGGACGAGGAGGUCGUGGUUGUCACGGGUGGGGCGCGCGGGCUGGGCGCUAUCGUUGCGCAGACGUAUGCGAUGCGUGGAGCGAGCGUGGCGGUGCUGGAUGUUCUUGAUCCGGCGACUGUCGUUGCGGAGGGAGGAGAGGAGAGGGAGAAUUUGAAGUAUUAUCGGUGUGAUAUUGGGAAUGCGGAGGAAGUGGAGAGGGUGCGGGAUGAAGUUCAGAAGGAUUUCGGUCCCGUCACGAUCCUCAUCAACAAUGCCGGCGUGGUCAGCGGAGGACGCCUGUGGGAUUUAUCGACGGCCCAGAUCCAACGCAACUUCAACGUGAACCUUCUCUCGCACUACUAUACCAUCCGUGCCUUCCUGCCCGGCAUGCUAGCGAGCGCAUCAGGCGGUACCAUCGUCACAGUCUCCUCCGUCCUCGGCAAGCUUGGAGCCAGUCAUCUCUCCGAUUACACGGCUGCCAAAGCCGGAUUGAUCGCCAUGCACGCCUCGUUGCGUGCGGAACUCGCCCUGCCUACGGCACCAGAAGGUGCGGGUGAGAUCCGCACGAUUCUUGUCACCCCGGGACAACUUUCCACGGUCAUGUUUGCGGGAGUCGUAACACCGUCGACUUUCCUCGCGCCAGUGGUGGAGCCGGUGGAGCUGGCUAGGGCAAUCGUGCAGAAGAUUGAUGCGGGCGAGAGCGGCGAGAUCAGUCUGCCACUCUAUGCGCAGCACAUCGAGUGGUUAAAUGUGCUGCCAGUAUCGUUGCAGAUGGUCGUGCGUUGGUUGAGUGGUGUAGACUCUGCGAUGGCGAAGGCGCACAAUCAGGAAAAGAAGGUGUUGUGACUGGAGUAAGAUGAUGGCGAUGGUAUUAAUGCAUCCGCUGAGUUUCCGAUUCCAAUAUCAGCUAUAGGCGUGAUGAUGCGCUGUGUGCCGUGAAUCGAACCAAUCGCGUCUUCGUCCCACAUGAAACUGCUGUGUCCAUGCGAGCUAUAGAGUCGAAUCAAGCAUUUUGUUCAUCACAAUCCUUCGUCCUUUCUCAAAUGCUUCACCACAAUC